AUGGGCAACCAGGCAAAUAAGAAAGAAAGGCGAGACAGGUUUAGAGAAAGAAGAGGCCAAGAUGGCGUCGUUUUGCUGCCCCGGAAAAAGCUUUAUCGUCAGAGAGCUCAUGCAAACCCUUUCUCAGACCACAUGCUAGAGUACCCACUAUCGCCUGAGCAUAUGGAUUGGUCAUCCUAUUAUCCUUCUUAUGUGGAUGAAGAAGCGUCACGGGAUGAGUCCAAGCCUCCGCGAAUGAAGCAAGAUGUUGAGAUUGUCGACAUUGGAUGUGGCUUCGGAGGUCUCCUCGUCGGCCUCGCACCUAUUUUACCAGACAAGCUCAUUCUUGGCUUGGAGAUCCGUACUACAGUAACACAGUUUGUGCAGGAAAGGAUAUGGGCCUUACGUGCACAAAGCUCUGAAAAGCUUUAUCAGAAUGCUGCCUGUAUCCGCGCAAACACCAUGAAGUUCCUGCCCAACUUUUUCAAGAAGAGCCAGCUGAGCAAGAUAUUCAUAUGCUUCCCUGAUCCACACUUUAAAACGAAGAAGCACAAGGCGCGAAUUGUUUCAACAACUCUCAAUUCUGAAUACGCAUACGCUCUACGGCCCGGCGGCAUUGUCUAUACCAUCACCGAUGUCGAGGCAUUGCACGAGUGGAUGGUGGAGCAUCUCGACGCCCAUCCAUCCUUUGAGCGGGUGAGCAAAGAAGAAGAGGAAAACGACGAGUGCGUCAAGGUUAUGUUGAACGAGACGGAGGAGGGCAAAAAGGUGGAACGAAACAAGGGACAUAAAUUUGUAGCCUUAUUCCGCCAGGCGACUAUGGCCCUGAAGCGUAGAGAUGUAGUCCUUGCUGGAGUGGCCUACUUCAUUGCGUGGGGCUAUGCCGUCAGCUGCUUCUCUGCGCUGCGAUGGGUCGGAUAUGCGUUCGUAGGCGGUAUCGUCAUCAGCUUCCUCUCGCUUAUCGCGGCUCUGGUUUUAAUCACACAACCCCCUCGCGGCGAUCGACAGGCGCGGCCGGCCAGGGUCUCGUUUCUGAGCUCUCAGAGAUGGCGCACCGAAGCGGAAGCUCUGCGGCAACGGCAGACUUACCACAAGGAGCCCCUCGAUCCCAGCUUCCCCCAGGCAUCUCAAGCUCUCGAUGAGGUCCUGGAUCUGAUCUUCCGCGACUUUGUACGCUCGUGGUAUUCCCACAUCAGCCAGAACCCGUCAUUCGAGAACGAGGUGGACAAGACCAUUCGACAGGCGCUGUUAAGCCUCCUGGGCUCCCUCCGCAACAAAGACCUGGCUGAUCUCGUCACGAGCCGGUUUGUGCCCAUCUUGACGGCCCAUUUCCACGACUUUUACGAAGCCGAGAAAUCAGUGCGAGGGAGGAAGCUGAACCGAUCCGUCACAGAGUCUGAAGAGCUUGAUCUUGCAAUUGCGUCCAAAUUCAGAGAUGGCCGGCUACAUCCCGCGGCUUCGCUGUCCUUUCCGGACACCAAAAUGGUUCAGCAAGACUACUUACGGUCGUUGGUAGGACGACUUCUGUCCAAGAUCCUUCCCAAAAAGAUGCUUUCCAGCCGGGCCGUCUCUAUCAUAGUGCGGGAGAUUGUGGGCUGUGCGGUCUUGUUCCCCGUCGUUCAGCUGCUGGGCGACCCCGACAUGUGGAAUCAGUUGAUUGAGAACCUUGGUCGCUCAAUGCUUCAGGAUAGAUCUACUGUUCGCAAGCUCAGGGCAGCACUGGACCAGCACGCUUCUCCUACUCCAAGAUCCAACAAGCUAGCCACAGCACCGCGGUUGGCGCCUGGGGAUAACGAGCGCAAGUUUGAAAAGUUCAUUCGAGCCAUCCGCAGGGUCAAUAACCUAUCUGACGCAAGGCGGUUCCGCAGCGAAGUUGCUAGUCAGCUCAAGCGUGAUUCUCUGCAGGAGAACCAAGAUCCAGUCUAUCUUCGCCGACUGGAAAUGGGAAAGCGGCUACUCGAUGAGAGGGUACAUCAUUUGGCUGCCGGAGGGAAUCGCCAUUCGCCUCUGCCAGCUCCCUCCGCGCCGCCCGUUUCCACUUCGAAGCUCGAAAACGCCUCCCUCGUAGAGCUGUUGCGAGAUCCGGCAGGUUUAUCAUACUUUAUGGAAUACAUGGACCGCCAGCGUUUGAUGCCCUUGGUUCAGUUCUGGCUAGUCGUUGAUGGCUUCCGUAACCCUCUGGAAGAUGAUGGCCAGGAUGACGAGCUUCCCUCUACUUUGCCCAUGUGGACAGACUCGGAUCGCCUAGACUUGCUUCAGAUUCACCAAGCAUAUUUGUCCAAGCCGGAUCUUAACGUACCGGACAUAGCUAAGAAGGCUGUCAAGGAGUUUCUCCAAGCCGGUAUGUCUGCUACGCCUGCUGAGUAUUACAAAGCCAGGAGAGCCAUUCUGAGGGCUCAAAGUGGAGUUCUGGAAACGAUGCGCUCUCAAUACUUUGAGGGAUUCAAAAAAUCAGACUUGUUCUACAAAUGCCUCGCAUCGCAGGAGAUGUCGCGUGCUACCAUGUCACCGCCGCCCCCCUCUCACCAAAGCCCUUCAGUAUCAACCAGGACUCACUCAUAUCAGUCCAAGCCCAAGCCUGCGCCACGGUUCGCUCCGUUGACCGCCGGGCCGUCCAGGCGACUCUCUGGUUCGAUUUCAGAUCUCAGAUCCGUUCACACUAAUGGUAAUGGCUCGGAUCCGCUGACCGCCUCACGGAGGUCUCUUGAUGACGAUCGAUCUGCGAACCCUCUUUUUGACGAUGAUGAACUGGAUAACUAUGGGAUGAUGGAUUCGGUGCAGAGCUUAGACCAAGACCUGUCGAGGCAGCAAACACCCGACAAGCAAGUUGUUCAAGCCGUAGAGCAGGCAUUAACCAAUAUCUUGGAGGACGACAGGCCACAGACCGCGGAGGAUCUGCGAGCCUCUCUGUUCGAUAAUGAAGACAACAUGUCGAGCUUGUUUGGUAACGAUAAUGACUCUAAUCGAGGUUCGUUUGACGCUGGCAAACCUCUGAUUACGGCAAAAGAGGCUGGUAAGCCCACUCUGUCGUCGCUGGGCCUCGUCAGCGCCGCCUCUCGAAUCGGCGUGUUCGUAGAUGACGACCUCUUUGGAGAUGAAGACAAGUAUCUCCCAGACGAAAGUGACGAUGUAGAUGAAGAGGCGCAAUCCGACGAGGAGGAUGAAAUACACGAAGCUGCCCCUGGAGAUCUUGGGCUGGCAGAAGCCAUCACGGCGCUGACGAACGACAUUGAUCGCUUGGUGGCACAAGAUGCGGUUAUAGAAUCUCUGACAAAGAAGGCAGAGCUUACAAACAACGCGGCAGAGCUACGAAUUCUAAAAAAGUCUAGGACGAGUCUACAAAGGGAGAUUAGGCGCAAGGAACUGCAGCGGCAACAAUACGUGAUACAGGAAAGCGAUAACAGCCUCUAUGGAAGAUCAGAAAUCAGGAUCAAAUCCAUUCAGGUGGGGAGAGAAGAUGAUGGUCGAGAGUUUGCUCUGUAUGUCAUUGAAGUCCAGAGGAACGCAGGUGAGCAGAUGCCAGCGUCAUCCUGGGCGGUGAUGAGAAGAUAUAGCGAGUUUCACGAGCUGCACCAAAAGCUCCGCUCGAUGUAUCCUUCAGUGCGGAAUCUCGAUUUCCCCCGUCGCCGUGUGGUGAUGAAAUUCCAAAGUGAUUUCCUUCGCAAAAGGCGUACAGCGCUGGAGAAGUAUCUGCGGGAGCUCCUGCUUAUACCCGAUGUGUGCCGCAGCCGCGAACUGCGAGCGUUUCUAUCGCAGAGUGCCAUUGCGCAAGGCGAGGACCCGAUGGGCCGAGAGAACAAGAAGGAUAUGAUGACCCGCUUGUACGACUCGGUAGCUGACGGCAUGGAGGAUAUCCUCGGCAACAUCCCGGUGCUAGAUCAAAUCUCGGUCGCGGGACAGAGCCUCAUUGCUGCUGCGACCAAUCAGCUCAACACGAUGCCGCUCAACGUUAGUGAAGAAGCAUUUCCUGCUGCGGAGGCAGAGGCGGAGCUCGACGCCUUUGAGAAUAAGGAGCUAGAGCCGUUCAUCAAACCCAUUUGCGACAUAUUCCUCGAAGUCUUUGAGCUCAACAAGGGGAACAAUUGGCUGCGGGGAAGGGCAGUUGUGGUGGUGUUGCAGCAGCUGCUUGGUGGGACGAUUGAGAAGAGGGUUCGAGAAAACAUCAAGAUGGCGGUGCAGGAGGACUCGCUGGUGCGAUAUGUGACCAUGCUACGAAACGCACUGUGGCCAGAUGAUGAGCUGGCUCGAGAUCGAAAACCACGUACCACGGCGGAGAAGAAGAAGACGCGGACGGAAGCCAGCCUAAUGCUGGCAACUCUGGUUCCGGACCUUGCGGGAAAUGUUGUAGGGCGGGUCAAUGCUCAGGCGGCAAGCCGACGCCUCUUUGCAACGUUUAACAACUCCAGGCUCAAGUAA